GGUUGUCCCAUCACCCAUUGGUCUGUCCCCAUCCCCUAUAGGGCUGUCCCCAUCCCCCAUUGGGGUCUCCCCAUCCCCCAUAGGGGUCUCCCCAUCCCCCAUAGGACUGUCCCCAUCCCCCACAGGAUUAUCCCCAUCACCCAUCGGUCCGUCCCCAUCACCCCUGUGGUACCACCUCUUCCAGGUUCUUCUGGGGGGGGUGGGGGGGUCUGGAACCCAUCCACCCCAUCACCCCGUGUCUCCCCACAGGACUGCAGCGUUCUGGCCUUCGUGCUGGACCACCUGCUGCCCCACACACAGAACGCUGAGGACAAGGACACGCCGGCGCUGGCGCGGCUCUUCCUGGCCAGCCUGGCCGCCGCCGGCAGCGGGACGGACGCGCAGGUGGCUCUGGUCAACGAGGUGAAGGCAGCGCUGGGACGGGCCCUGGCCAUGGCCGAGAGCACCGAGAAGCACGCCAGGCUGCAGGCCGUCAUGUGCAUCAUCAGCACCAUCAUGGAGUCGUGCCCUUCCACCUCCAGCUUCUACAGCAGCGCCACCAAAACCCAACACAACGGCAUGAACAACAUCAUCCGCCUCUUCCUCAAAAAGGGCUUGGUCAACGACCUGGCCAGGGUCCCACACAGCCUCGACCUCUCUAGCCCCAACAUGGCCAACACGGUCAACGCGGCGUUGAAGCCAUUGGAGACGCUGUCGCGCAUCGUCAACCAACCCAGCGGGCUCUUUGGCACCAAGGGCUCCUCCAGCAAGAGCAAAGGAGAUGGAGGUGGGGGGUCCCGCGACGCCGGCGCAGCCCCCCCGGAUGGAGGGGACCCCGGGGACCCCGAGCCCCCCGAGGAGGACGCAGAGGCAGCGCAGGCGGAGGCAGCAGACGGAGACAUGGAUGGGGAGACCGAGGGUGACACAGUGGUGCUGGCAGGGCAGCCCGAGGGGCUCAGCACCCAGGAGAUGCAGGUGGAGAACGAACUGGAGGACCUCAUCGAUGAGCUCCUGGAGCGGGACGGGGCCACCGGCAACAGCACCAUCAUUGUGAGCCGCUCGGGUGAGGAUGAGUCGCAGGAGGACGUGCUGAUGGACGAGGCGCCCUCCAACCUCAGCCAGGCCUCCACCCUACAAGCCAACCGGGAAGACUCGAUGAACAUCCUGGACCCCGAGGAUGAGGAGGAGCACACGCAGGAGGAGGACAGCAGUGGCAGCAAUGAGGAUGAAGAUGACAGCCAGGACGAGGAGGAGGAGGAGGAGGAGGAAGAUGAGGACGAUCAGGAAGGGGAGGAAGGGGAGGAGGAGGAGGACGACGAUGAUGGCUCCGAGAUGGAGCUGGACGAGGAUUACCCCGACAUGAACGCCUCCCCCCUGGUCCGCUUCGAGCGCUUCGACCGCGACGACGACCUCAUCAUCGAGUUUGACAACAUGUUCUCCAGCCCCACCGACAUCCCCCCCUCCCCGGGGAACAUCCCAGCCACUCACCCCCUCCUGGUUCGCCACGCAGACCACGGCUCCCUGGCCUUGGGGGGGGGCUCGUCGGGGGCCCGCCUGGCGCAGGGGAUGGGGCGCAGCCAGCGCACGCUGCGGCAGCUGACGGCCAACACGGGGCACACCAUCCACGUGCAUUACCCCGGCACCCGGCAGCCCAACCCCCCCCUCAUCCUGCAGAGGCUGCUGGGCCCAUCGGCGGCAGCCGACAUCCUGCAGCUGAGCAGCAGCCUGCCGCUGCAGAGCCGGGGCCGGGCCCGCCUGCUGGUGGGCAACGAGGACGUGCACAUCAUCGCCCGCUCCGACGAUGAGCUGCUGGAUGACUUCUUCCAUGAGCAGGGACCUACGGGCAGCCAGGCAGGCACGCUGUCCUCCAUCCCCACGGCGCUGACGCGGUGGACGGAGGAGUGCAAAGUGUUGGAUGCUGAGAGCAUGCACGACUGCGUCUCGGGUGAGGGGCUCUGUCCCCACCGUGUCCCCCCCCCAGGGGUCCCCAUAUGUCCCCCCCCUCCCGCCAUACCCCCCAGUGCCCUAUAUGAGUUGGACGAGAGGCGCGAGAAGCGACGGCGCCAGGCGGCCGAGGAAGAGGCCAAGGGCUCCGAGAGGGGACAGGAGGACAAGGAGGGGGCAGAGCCGGGGGCGCAGGCAGCCUCGCUGUCCCCGGAGCGCGCGGAGGAUUCGGAUGCGCUGACGGCGGUGAGCAGCGCCCUGGAGGGGUCCCCCAUGGACACAUCCAGCCUGGGCUCGGGGCCACCAGAGGAGGGGGCUGAGGGGGGGUCUGCGGCCCCACAGGGCCCCCCCGGAACCCCUCAGGGACCCCCUCCAGCCCCACCAGGACCCCCCGAUGCUGCCCACCCCACUGACGACAGGUGGAAGGCUGCUUUCUGGGUGCUCCCCUGUUGCAGGAGGCCCAGCGUUGCCAUCGCAAACAAAACCUGCUUGAUCAGAGGCAGCAGCGUCCCGAUAAAACGACCGGGGGCAACUUCCAACCCCCCCCUCUGCCCCCCCCAGGUGCUGGCGCAGCAGCGAGCGGAGCAGCAGCGCCGGGAGCUGGCCCAGGCCACCAGCUCGGAUGCUCCGAUGGACCCGGUGACCUUCAUCCAGACGCUGCCGUCGGAGCUGCGGCGCUCGGUGCUGGAGGACAUGGAGGACAGCGUGCUGGCCGUCAUGCCGCCCGACAUCGCCGCCGAGGCGCAGGCGCUGCGCCGGGAGCAGGAGGCCAGGCAGAGGCAGCUGAUGCACGAGAGGCUCUUCGGUCACUCCAGCACCUCCGCGCUCUCUGCCAUCCUCCGCAGCCCCGGUGAGAAGGACACGGGUGAUGGAUGGGAUGGGAGCCAGCCCCGGCGCAUCCUUGGGCCCCCCACGAAACCCAUUCCCACCCCUCUCAGGCCGUCGGGGAGCAGCGUGGACAGCCUGCUUCGCCUGCGCGGCCGCCUGCUGCUGGACCACGAGGCUCUCUCGUGCCUCCUGGUGCUGCUGUUCGUGGACGAGCCCAAGCUGAACACCAGCCGGCUGCACCGCGUGCUGCGCAACCUGUGCUACCACGCUCCCACGCGGGGCUGGGUGGUGCGCAGCCUCCUCUCCAUCCUGCAGAGGAGCAGCGAGAGCGAGCUGUGCCUCGAAGCCCCCCGAGGGGCGGCGACCCCGCAGACCCCCGACGAGCGGCCGCAGCGCCGCCCCGCGCCCCGCGGCUCUGCCCCGACCCCGAACGAAGCCCCGCGGGCGUUGGAUUUGAUGCACCGCGUGGAAGCGCGCAGCUCCGGGCAGCUCUCGUGGCUCUCCGUGUCCAUGGACGCGGCGUUGGGCUGCCGGACCAACAUCUUUCAGAUCCAGAGGGCUCCCGGCAGGAAACACACCGAGAAACACGCCGCCGCCGCCGGCUCCGCCGUCCACAUCCACCCGCAGGCGGCUCCCGUCGUCUGCCGGCACGUGCUCGACACGCUCAUCCAGCUGGCCAAGGUGUUCCCCAGCCACUUCACCCAGCAGCGCGCCCGUGACCCCGCACCCGACCCCACCACCAGCGACCGCAGCGGAGCACCCAAACCGGGGGGAGGUGGUGGUGGUGGUGGCGGCGGCAGCCCCUGCCCCCCACCCCCCGCCCCGACCACCCCCACCCCCAACCCCCCCGCCCCCGCCGCCCCCGCCAUGGGGCUGAGCACCGACUUCUGGGACCUGCUGGUGAAGCUGGACAACAUGAACGUCAGCAGGAAGGGGAAGGGCUCGGCCAAAGCGGGGCCGGGGGGCGGGGGUCCCGACGGGGAGGUGGGGGGGUCGGGGCUGGAGGCGUCCCCCCUGGGGCAGCUGAUGAACAUGCUGUCCCACGGCGUCAUCCGACGCAGCGCGCUGCUGACCGAGAAGCUGCUGAGGCUGCUGUCCCUCAUCUCCAUCGCGCUCCCGGAGGGGGGGAAAGGGGCCGAGGGGGGGGCGGCGACCCCCACCGGGAGCGGGGUGGGCAGCGGCGGCGCGGCGGGGGCAGGAGGAGCGGCGGCUCACAGCCCCACAGCUGCAGGAGGAGCGGCUGCAGGAGGAGCGGCAGCCACGGGUGCUGGGAGCGCCGCGGCUGGGGCAACCCCCAAGAGCUCCAAGUCCCCCCCAGCCAAGGGGGGUGAGAGCAGCGCAGACCCCCGCAUGGCCGCCACGGGGCUGACCGAGAGCCAGCUGCAGCUGUCAGUGGAGGUGCUGACAUCCCACUCGUGCUCAGAGGAAGGACUGGAGGACGCCGCCAACGUCCUCCUGCAGCUCUCCAGGGGUGACCCCGGCACCCGCGACACCGUCCUGCGGCUGCUGCUCAGCGGCGCCCGGCAGCUGGGGGCCACCCUGUGCCGCCAGAUCGGCACGCUGCUGGCCGAGCUCCGCGAGUACAACCUGGAGCAGCAGCGCAGGGCGCAGAGCGAAGCGCCGUCCCCAGAGGGGGUCCCCGACGAGCAGCCCCCCAGCGCCAAGCUCAAGGGCAAGAUGCAGAGCCGCUUCGACACGGCCGAGAGCGUUGUGAUCGUGGCAUCCCAGAAGCGUGCCCUGGGCGGACGGGAGCUGCAGCUGCCCUCCAUGUCGGUGCUGACCUCCAAGACCUCCACGCAGCGCUUCUUCCUGCGGGUGCUGCAGGUCAUCAUCCAGCUCCGCGACGACACGCGCCGGGCACACAAGAAGGCCAAGCAAGCCGGGCGUCUGGGUGCCGGGGGCCUCGGGGCGGCUGGCAGCAUCCAGGCGGCCGUCCGGCAGCUGGAGGCCGAGGCCGACGCCAUCAUACAAAUGGUACGUGAGGGCCAGAGGGCCCGGAGGCAGCAGCAGGCGGACACGUCUGAGCCCGGCCCAGCAGACGGCACCCCCCGCCGCGACGAGUCGCCCAUGGACGUGGACCAGCCCUCGCCCGCCCCCCCGGAUGCCCCUUCUGUGGGUGAGUGCCCCCCAUGUAGGUAUUUCCGCCAGGAGCUGGAGAGGUUGGAUGAAGGCCUGCGGAAGGAGGACAUGGCCGUGCACGUGCGGCGCGACCACGUCUUCGAGGACUCGUACCGGGAGCUGCACCGCAAAUCCCCCGAGGAGAUGAAGAACCGACUGUACAUCGUCUUCGAGGGCGAGGAGGGGCAGGACGCCGGGGGGCUGCUGCGCGAGUGGUACAUGAUCAUCUCCAGGGAGAUGUUCAACCCCAUGUACGCGCUGUUCCGCACCUCGCCGGGCGACCGGGUCACCUACACCAUCAACCCCUCGUCCCACUGCAACCCCAACCACCUCAGCUACUUCAAGUUUGUGGGGCGCAUCGUGGCCAAAGCCGUCUACGACAACCGGCUGCUCGAGUGCUACUUCACCCGUUCCUUCUACAAACACAUCCUGGGCAAGUCUGUCCGGUACACGGACAUGGAGAGCGAGGACUACCACUUCUACCAGGGCCUGGUCUACCUGCUGGAGAACGACGUCUCCACGCUGGGCUACGACCUCACCUUCAGCACCGAGGUGCAGGAGUUCGGGGUGUGUGAGGUGCGGGACCUCAAACCCAACGGAGCCAACGUGCUGGUGACGGAGGAGAACAAGAAGGAAUACGUGCACCUCGUCUGCCAGAUGCGCAUGACCGGGGCCAUCCGGAAGCAGCUGGCCGCCUUCUUGGAGGGUUUCUACGAGAUCAUCCCGAAGCGCCUCAUCUCCAUCUUCACAGAGCAGGAGCUGGAGCUGCUCAUCUCGGGGCUGCCCACCAUCGACAUCGACGACCUCAAGGCCAACACCGAGUACCACAAGUACCAGGGCAACUCCAUCCAGGUGGGGGGAAACCCCAAACCCUCCUUACCCCCGAGGUUGCCAUCCUGGUGGCACCUCACCCCCGUGUCUCCAUGUCCACUUGCGUGUCCUCCAUCCCCCUGUCCUUCUUCCCUGUGUCCACACGUCUGCAUGCCCUGUGCCCUUGUCUCUUUGUCCUCACAUCCCCUUGUCCCCACGUCCCAUGUUCCUGUGUUCCCACACCUCCCCAUCUCCAUCCAUCUGUGUCCCCAUCCCUGCGCUCCCACAUCCCUGUGUCCCCGCAGCCCCAUAUCCUCACGUUCCCUUAUCCCCACAUCCCAUGUCCCCAUGUUUGUUCUUUGUGUCCCCACAUCUCUUGUCCCCCUGGCCCCAUGUCUCCACAUCCCCACUUUCCUCUGUCUUUUUUCCCCAAUCUCAUGUCCCAUGUCCCCACAUCUCCAUAUUCUUGUGUCCCCACAUCCCCAUGUCUUCCCAUCCCUGCAUUCCCAUGUUCCCACAACCCAUGUCUCCGAAUCCCCAUGUUCUUGUGUCCCCAAAUCCCACAUCCCCGUGUUCCCAUGUCCCUGUCUCUCUGCAUCCCCAUAU